UGUUUUAAUAAUUCAUACACACUUCCAAUCGUGAUAAUAAUUUUUUCAGAAAACUUGGCUAAUUUUGCCUCUGAUUCGGUGCUCGUUGCUGAAAGCCCCUAUUGCUCAAAUCUUCGGGAGCCAAAAUGACAAAUCCAUUAGAGAAAUACCCGAAGCUAGGUCUUGAAGAAGCACUUUCGAGAAUCUAUCGAUACCCAAAAGCUUGUAAAGAGCUGAGCUUCCUUCUCAGAGAAGCUUACAACAAACUCCCCAAGAAUACCCAAUCCCUUAUCUUUCAAGAUACUCUCACCGCCUUUCGCGUCCUUCCCCAGAUGCAGACAAGUAGUGCUGUUUCCGCUGCUCAUUUUCUCCUUCAGAGUGCAGAGGCUUCAUUGCCAAAGCAGAAAAAGAACCUUGCUGUUACAGAAUUUAAACAUGCAAAAGUUGCUCAUAAGAGGCGCAGUAAAGCAUGCCAGGAUGAAAAAGGCACUGUCCAACUGCCUCAAGAUGUUCUCAUCCUCAUCUUUAGUUUCCUGGAUAUGCCAUCUUUAGUUUCUGUCGGGCUAGUCAGCUGGUCAUGGAAUUUAGCAGCAAGUGAUAACCAUUUGUGGCAGUCACAAUACACUUUAUUCUUUGGUAACUUUAUAAAUUGUUCAAAGACUAAGGUGCAGCAGAGUAGCAAAGUAGUUGAAGAUAAAAAGCAUGCACUUCUUCUGGAUGAUGUGGCUUCCGAGAACUGUGUUGAUUGGAGAGAGGUCUUUAAAAGAGCUUAUAUUGGUAUGUUGAUCUAUCUUGCUAGAACUACAUAUUGACUCAAUCUGUUACAGCAAAACAUCAUCCUUUCCUGUGUUACAAUGAGCUUGCUGUAUGCUGCAAGUAGAGGUUUUAUAUAGA